CCGGACCCUGCCGGCAGAGAUAUUUCCAUUCGUCCGAUUUUAGAGCACUGUGAAAACACUCACAUGACCAUUUGGCUUGGCAUUGUCUAUGCCUACAAAGGGCUGCUCAUGUUAUUUGGUUGUUUCUUAGCAUGGGAGACUCGAAAUGUCAGCAUUCCUGCUUUGAAUGACAGCAAAUACAUCGGGAUGAGCGUAUACAAUGUGGGGAUCAUGUGUAUUAUUGGAGCUGCAGUUUCAUUCCUCACUCGGGAUCAACCCAAUGUUCAGUUCUGCAUUGUUGCUUUAGUCAUUAUAUUCUGCAGUACCAUUACACUCUGCCUUGUUUUUGUACCUAAGUUAAUCACACUGAGGACAAAUCCUGAUGCGGCCACUCAGAACAGACGUUUCCAAUUCACUCAAAAUCAAAAGAAGGAAGACUCAAAAACAUCAACAUCAGUCACCAGUGUCAAUCAAGCCAGUACAUCUCGGCUAGAAGGACUGCAGUCAGAAAACCACCGCUUGAGAAUGAAAAUCACAGAGCUGGACAAAGAUUUAGAAGAGGUUACUAUGCAGCUCCAGGACACACCGGAGAAGACAACAUAUAUUAAGCAGAACCACUAUCAGGAUCUUAAUGACAUCCUCAGUAUACGGAACUUUACAGACAGCAAAGAUGGUGAGAAAGCUGUUUUGAAAAAUCACCUUGAUCAAAAUCCACAAGCACAGUGGAGCACAACAGAGCCCUCCAGAACAAGCAAAGACCCUAUAGAAGACAUCAACUCUCCAGAACAUAUACAACGCCGAUUGUCUUUACAACUGCCCAUUCUUCACCAUGCCUAUUUGCCAUCCAUAGGAGGAGUUGACGCUAGCUGUGCCAGUCCAUGUGUAAGCCCCAGUGCCAGUCCUCGGCACAGACACGUGCCACCAUCUUUUCGAGUGAUGGUUUCUGGCCUGUAGAAAUGGGAGAUCAGAGCUUCCUGAACUGCUUUUAAGUACUCAAUGACUGGACUGAACAUCAGACGUAGAACUCUGCUAUAAACAUACUAUUUGCUCUUACCACACAGAGGAACUAGUGCUAAGGCCAUCAUCAUGGGAGUACCAGUGUAACUCAUGUGGAAAGGCGAGAGCAAGAGAAACCUGGAGUUUCAUCUGUAGCCUUAUUCAUGGAGCUUUUAUUUCUUCACAAAGAAGUCAUUGAAAAUAUUUCUUCCCAAAUUUCUACUAGCAACGAGGAGGCUGGGAAAUACGAAUCUUGCAAAAAAUGAGACAAUUAAAAAAAAUAAAAACCACUCAACUGUCACUGUUACAUGGCUGCUGAAAACAUGGAACUAUAUGCUGUCCAUGAAAGAAAAAUAAAAUGGUAGAGCUAUAACAUUUAUUGAAAUAGAUACACUUCAUUUUACAAAAGUUGUGUUAAAUUGUUGGAAGCAUUCUGCACUGGUUAGUCUUGCUUGUUUUCAUUUCAGAGAGGAUUUUCAGUGGGAAAGGGGGAUUUUGAGAAAUGAUUCCUGAAGUGUGAUUGAGACUCUGUGUUGCUAAUAGUAGGGUCCCCCUGUAACUAAAAACUAUACAUAGGGCAGAAGCAGAGGUUGUAGCAACAGCCCUGAGGCGUUACUAGCUACAGAGUUGCUGUUCCGAGUCAGAGCUCUUUACAGUUCUCCAGGGAUUAGAUGUGGUGAUUGCCAGGUUCCCAUGCUGACCAUCAGGGACUUCAUUUUGACAGAGUUUCUGCCUCUCUUUCAAAAUAAACACAACCAACCGUAAUAUACAAAGCUGGCAGAAAAAGUCCUAGGGCUGCUAACUCAAGAAGCUGAGGAUGGAUGGGUAGUAAAGUCUUAAUGUCACAGGGUGGAUUGAUUUUCACAGUUUGUUUGAAUUAUGCCACACAUAAUUACAAUCAUAUUAAUUUAGUAGACAGGGGGUGGGUGGGGGAACAGGGCACAGCACCUUGCGGCUGCAGGCAAAUUCUGCAGAGUGCAUACACAAUAAUAUACACUACCUUUGCUUGGUACCUGGGUGUGUGACAGUUGUAACUGGUAAUUGGUGGUAUAAACCAAGUUUGCCCAUAGAAUAUUUUAUUUGAAUAUGAAAAAUAAAGAUGUGGUAAAAGCAUGAAUUUUAAUCUCUCUGUUGAUAGGGACUGAUCAUUUUUCAUAUUUGAGCACAUACCUUAGCUCCACUCCCCUAAGCAAAGUUAUUCUAAGAUAUUAUAGUUGUAAGAUGUUUUAGCUCAGUGGGGCUCAAACUUUUUUACUGGCGACCCCUUUCACACAGCAAGCCUCUGAGUGCGACCCCCCUAAUAAAUUAAACACACUUUUUUAUAUAUUUAACACCACUAUAAAUGCUGGAGGUAAGCGGGGUUUACGGUGGAGGUUGACAGCUCACGACCCCCCCAUGUAAUAACCUUGCGACCCCCUGAGGGAUCCUGACCCCCAGUUUCAGAACCACUGUUCUAGCUGAACCAAUCUUAGAGACAUUCUCAUGGACUGUAAGUGAGGCCUAAUCCCAGCCUAUUCUCCAGUAUAUUGUCAGUGUGAUGUAUCAUGGCCUUGUCAGUUAUUAAGACCAGUAAUUUUCUUAAACCAAAUAAAAAUAUUGUCUAGCUAAAAAUAGCAGUGGUGCCUCAGGAUGCACUUGAUGUCUUUAACCAAUGCCUGCCCACCUCCCACAUUCUGAAGUGAAUAUUCCACAACACUCCCAGACCGGAGAUGACUAAAGAGCAGCUUUCAGUAUCUGCACCGGGGAGGAGGCUCAUUAACUGAGGGACUUAAUUGCAGCUUUGACAAGCAAAAAUCUUUACCACGUAGCCAAAAAUAACCAUAAAUAUAAAUCUUCCAAUGGGAGCGUCACAAAAUAUUUCACUUGGCACAUACAGUAAGAGAGAUUAUGGAGGUACCUGUAGCUUUUAGAACAAAAACAUGUAAGUAUAACACAGGUAAAAUAGAAUUCAUUACUCUGUUUAAGCAUUGAUGUUGUCACUCAAUGUGUGUUGACAGUAUUCUCUUGCUUUAUUAAUUUAAUCAGGGCCUGGUUUAUUUUUAAAGGAAUCUGUUAAUUUGUAAAAGAGAAAAGGACAAUAUUGUAUAUAAUGUAUACACAAACAUCGCUGUAGAAAUAUUAAUCCAACAUAGCAGGAAAAACUCAAAAGUAUUGGCCUGAUGGAGGUGAGUGUGUGUGUGUCUGUAACUUUGUGAAUACUGACUGUGUGCCGUUUAUUAGGUUUAAACCAUGCAGUACAUUCCUUGUCUCAAUGAUACUGUAGUUUCUCCCAUGACAUUUUUUUAAUUUCCUGCAGCAUAACAAGACCCACCAAGUGAAUAUAGCUAUUUAAUGUUUCUGUUUUUUUCUACUGCAGCAAAACAGUACUGUAAAUUUAUGAAGAGGCUGUGCCCCAAUGGCAUUUUCCAAUGAUGUUAGUGCACAAAUGCUUUAAACUAGACUGGAACUGCCAGAAGAAAAUGUAAAUGAAAAAUUUCUUGUAUACCCUUAUACUGCAUGAGAUCAAUUUUUAAAAAAUUGUUGCAAAUCUGUUUUUAUGAAUAAAAUAUAGAAAAUCUAA